CAUGCCUAGGUACACAGAUAGGAAUUGGACUAUAUCCGUGAUUUCGGAUGACACGUAAGGACGUCGUGGAGCGAACAGGAAAAAACGACGUCGGUGGGGGGCUUAACACUGAUGAUUUGUUAUAAAUUGACAUUCAGCGUACUAGGUAUGAAUCAAUCAACUGAAUAAACAAAGAAACGUCAUCUAGUAUUGUUGCGUUGCAUCUCGGAUGAUUUAACAUUGGUUUAUUUCCAUUCCCAAACCACAUUAUUAUCAAAACAUUAUCCCCAAACGCAUGUUUAUCUCCAUCUGUCGAUAAGCCCUGUCUGAUAAUAUUUGGUUCCACAAUAUGAUUAUUCUCACUAGAACAUGUGUGGACUCUGCAUUAUUUUCUCCGUAAUCGUCUAUUAUGCCCUUGAAACUGAUGUCGGUAAUAGCAGCGUCUUCAUCACCAAAGGAAACUGGCUCUAACGAAGGAGCAGACCUACUGAAGCAACUGCUGGAAUGUGUAAAGGAAUGCCAGAAAAGAUACGGUGGUAAAACGGAACUUGCCACUGAAUUUGAUAGUUGUGUUGCUGGAUUGUGUUUGUCUUUGGAAGCAAUUUUCCUCCAUGGAUUGAAACCUAAGCCAUUGAAUGCUGAGAAUGCUUCAUCUGCUUUAAAACAAGUUUCAGGCAUUGUUGCUCAAAGCUUACAUAUUGCUAAUGAAAGUCCAUCAUUCUGGCCAUUUGUUAAUAAACACUUGACAAAACAUGAGCAAGAGAGGUUUGAAGCUCUAAAGCAAAUUUGGACUGACAGUGGCAGAGGAAAGGCUUGGAUCAGGUCUGCAUUGAAUGAGAAGUCUUUAGAAAGGUACUUCCACACAGUUUUGAGCAAUCAAGAGAUACUAAAAGAACAUUAUGAAACCUGGGCAAUAUUACGAGAUGAUGAGAAAAACAGCAUGCUGCCUAACAUGGCAGCAGGUCUAGCAUCAAUACUGUUUGCAAUAAGUAUUGACAAACCUGAACUAAAUAGCGGUAUAGCACGUAGACCUGCAGCAUUGAAGGCUAAAGCAGAACCUAUAAUUGAAGCUCCCAUACCAGAUAAAAAGGAAAGUGUGAAGCCCAAGAAAAAAAGAAAAGUCGCUAGACAAUUGAUAUCCUUUGACGAUGACGAUAGUGCCAUCUCAACUAGCGUUCCGUCAAGCUCCAGCAGUACCACUUCUGACAGCUUUUCACUAGAGUACACAAAAAGUAUCAAGGCAAAACCUAAACGAAUGAGUAGAAAAAAAAUGGAACAGCCUACCGAAACGCCGUCAGUGGAAAUAAGGGAACGGAAGCUGUCAAUAGAAAAUAGUGGAUCAAGGGAGAAGUACUAUUCUACUGUCGAGUCUUUGACGCCUGUCACUCAGGAGGAGAUCGGGGAGCUGAGGCCAGUGUCUGUGGAAAUUAAUGAAAAUUUUUUAGCCACUGGUGACAGAGCCGACGAUGCUGUCGAGGUACCGUCAGACAUCAGUGCCGUUCUGACUGCGGUUGAAGAGAAAAACAAGGAAGAAUUGGAAAGAAAAGAGGAAAAAAUACAGUUAUUGUCAAAGGAAAAUGAAGGGUUAAAAGAGCAAGUUAAAAAAUAUAUGAGUGCAAUCCAGAUGUUGAGGAGAGAUGACGAGGGGUUGAACAAGGCAUUAGAGGGGUUGCAGAUUGAGGGGCAACCGGAUUACAAGUCGGAGGCUAGAUUCUUUGAACAAAAACUAAUACAGGUUGCCGAUAUGCACGCGGAAUUGAUGGAUUUUAACGUUAUGCUGCAACAGACUAUUUUUCAAAAAGAUCAGAUGAUAGAGAAGCUUAAAAAGGAGCUCGAAAUACUCAGAGGUCCCGUACCUGAAAUGAGAAUAGGAGAAUCAAGUAGUGUUCAUGUCUGGAUACCUUCCGCAUUUCUUACUGGUACUGGUUCGAAUUCGCAUCAUGUGUAUCAAAUAUACCUAAAAGUAGGAAAUGAUGAAUGGAAUAUUUACAGACGAUAUGCUCAAUUCCAUGCUCUACACACCGAUCUGAAAAAGUUAGAUCCUGCUGUAGCAGCAUUUGAUUUUCCUCCUAAGAAAAGUAUAGGUAAAAAGGACUCUGCAUUAGUUGAAGAUAGAAGAAAAAGAUUGCAAGUGUAUCUCCGACGAGUUUUGAGUCACUGGCCAGAACUGAAGCAUUGCAAUAAUAGAUUUUUAUUAGAACAGCAUUUAGCGUUUUUCAAAGAUCAACGAGAAGAUCAACGCGUGAAAAGUACAUUUCCACCCACUGUUACAACAAGCAACUCAUCAGGGCUGUAAUGAUGUAUUUUUACUUUUCUUUUCACCAGUGAAGAUAUUUUUAUUGUAAUUCUACUUAACUAGUAUUUAUUUACGGGUUACCCAGAAUGUACAGCAUACAAGUAUGUCAUAUGAGACGAUUUUUUUGGUGCCUCACAUGCAGAGGUUUGUAACGUGUUGAAAAGAAUUCAAAUGUACAGUUGAAGAUAAAUAAUUGUGCAUAGUAAGAGUAUUUUUUUCCGGAUUUGGCUGGGUGCUCCCAUGCGGCACUUUGACGCUUGGUUUCGGGAUCGUAUUGAAAACACCACGUUCGUCACCAGUUACAAUGAUGUGAAAAAGUUUUUUUUUGCCUCUUUAACCCUCCACUGGUAACGCCACGAAACUUGGCACAACUGGUAACAUCGCACAGUGUUUCGAUCAGUACAAGAUAGCUGGACAAAAUUAUUUAGCUGAACUUAAUGUUUUUAAUGAUUUUAUUAAUUAUUCUUAUAAACAUUUUAAUCAUUCUAAAGUUAAAGUGAAGAGUUUUUGGUACAUUUAACUGGUCCUAUUAAAUAAAAAUUAAUUUAAUGGUUAAAUAUGUAAACAAAUAUACGGUACACUUUAUAUACCAAAUGUAAACUAUUAUUAUAGUUAUUAAUCUAAUUUUAAUUACAAUAACUUUAACUACCUAACUACGUACUAACUAGUUCCUAGCUAAUCAUCAUCAUCGCUCAACUCCUCUUCUGAGGAAUCAUUUUCAAUGUAGUCUAAUAAGCGAACAUCACUAUCGCGAGUCCUAAUAUUUCUAUCUAAAUUUGUAGGUGGUGGUAACAGUAAAUCUAAAACUUCCGAAGGCAGAUUACCAUUGUUUUUUUUUGGUAACUUCUCUGAGGCUGUUAAUUACAGGGUCAGAUGUGAUUAAUAACAUAUUUAGUAAAUCUCUAUUCGUGGCAAUGCGUGAUCGCUUACGCGUAUUAUGUUCUCGGAAUCUCCUGACAUCUUUAUUGCGGGCUUCCUGUGCUUUUUCAGAAAGCUGCCCGAUUGGCAGGAGAGCCGAUUGUAUAAUAUCGGUACCAUGCACCAAAAUUUUGUGUACAGUAGCAGGCAUGUAAUACCACGUAUAGAGACUUAAAUACAGUUUUCUUACGUCCUGUGUUAGUUUUACAAAUUUGUCUAUAUUUAUGUCAUAGCCAGAUGAUAAAGCUCUAAGUAAGGUGUUAAACUUUUUUAUAAGGCUCACAUCUAGUCCUGUAAUCUCUGCACUUAACUCGGGUUUCCCAAAAAAUCUACGAGCAGUAUUUCCGUCAUUUGUGUUGCCAUAGCCUGGUUUUGGUUUAUCUACAAUUAAACCCAUCUCGUUCUUAAAUCGAUUCUGAAUCGUAAUGGAACGUUGUUUUACAUUAGUUUUAUCAACCGAAUCUCGUAAUUGCCAUUUUUUAACUUCAAGACGAUAACUUAUGUGAAGCAGUCAUUGGACAUUACACAUUUCUUCAUCUCCUUGCAUAUUACCGAACUUUCACUAGCGUUCUUAAUUACGGUAGCCAAGCCUCUGUAGCCAGAAAGUCGUGCUGAUAUUUCCGCGGCAGAGAUUAAUUCGGAUGUACUCCGCGAAAGUUUUUGUUCCAUUCGUCAUUUGUUAUUAGCCAAGUAAGCAGUUGUCUGCAUCCUUUAGAGAGCUGUCUGGAUUUGUAUUCAAGAUAAGGAUUUACGUAUUCAUUUUCCCACUUAAAAUUGUUAUUUUCCACCAUUGAUUUGACAGUUUUCCAUCUCGCUAAGAAAAAUUGGUAUCUGUUUUUUACCAUUCUCUUGAAUGUGAAAUAUUGUAACAUUCUUCCCUUGGAACAUUCAAUUUCCUCGGUGUAGCAUCUCAACAGAUCCUUUUGAAUGUUUACCUCUAUUUCUUGCCUUGUCCCCUCUAACAUAAGAUUCAUGUUUCUGCUUAGUUUAAGGUUUAUCUUUCCAGUGGUGAAAUAUUCUGCAUUUUCAUUUAUUACUAAGCAUCCACAUUGAAAACCAUUAGGGUUGCUCCAGUUGGCAUUGUUGAAAUUUUCAUCAGAUGCACUUAUUAGUAGCCAUGGCUCUCUGUUUAUUUUUCUUUUUGUUUCUUCAUGUAUUUUUCUUCUGUCUGUUCCUUUUGUAUUUUGAAAGUCCCAUCUUAUAGAUAUUGCUAUUUCUGUGAGAGUUGUUAUAAGGUCUCUUCUGCAAGUGUAGUUCAUGGUAGCACUUAUAAGUAUGCAGUUUGCAUGGCUAUAGUUUCCUCUUAU